GAAUGACGUAAGAGGAAGCGUGUAAGUAAGCACUGGCGGGAGAUUUUGUUAUGAAACUUUUUGUGACGGGCUAAAAACAAGAGACAUAAGACAACAGUCUAUAAACACGUCUGUGUGCGUAACGUAGAUGUCUACAAUGAAAGUGACGGCGGAGAAAAUUACUUCGUUAUCGGAGGAAGAUGGUAUAGACGAGCUUCAGAAACAUCUUACCUUGCUGUCUGACGAUAAGCUCACAACCAUGAUAACAAAUAGUGCAUUAAAAGGGAAAGAGACCGGUGUCCUGAUCAAAGCCAUAUUUAAAGGAUCACCGGUGAAUGAAACCAGUGGUGCAAACCGCAGGCUGCUGGUGUACAAGCACUGUAUUCCCCUCUGUGAGUCUGGAGACCUGCAGCCAGAAGUGGCUUCAGAUAUCAUUGGUCUCCUGAUGUUGGAGACACACAGUCUGCCUGGUUCUGUAUUGGCAGCGUUGGGGUCUCUGUAUGUGGACGCCAUUAAGAUGGGUGAAAUGAACAGUGGGAGGUCACUGGAACUCUUCCCUACGGUCCUGACUGCUCUUGCGGCUACCGAAGCAUUGGCUUAUGGCAAAGGUGAGCUCAGUGGAGAUGAAUACAAGAAACAGCUGAUCAACAGUCUUUGUUCUAGCAGAUGGGAUCCACAAUGUGUCAUCCACCUUACCACCAUGUUCAGGGAUGUUCCAUUGUCUGCUGAGGAACUUCAGUUUUUGAUUGAGAAGAUUCUGCGCAUGUUCCUAAAGUUAGACCUGCAGGAGAUCCCACCUCUGGUCUAUCAGCUACUGCUUCUAUCCUCAAAGGGUUGUAAGAAACUCGUUCUGGAUGGAAUCAUCAAUUACUUCAAAAAGCAAGACCAGCUACAAAAAGAGGAGCAGAAAAAAGGAGAGAGUGAAGACGUGGAGGUACAGACCAUCCCACAGGAUCAGCUGCGGCACGUGGAGGGCACCGUCAUCCUUCACGUCGUUUUUGCCAUUCGUCUCGACCAUGAACUUGGCAGGGAGUUUUUGAAAAGCCUCAAGGCUUCCCAGAGCGAUCCAUUGUGUCCCUUCAGUAUCGCUCUACUGCUUUCGGUGUCCCGCAUACAACGUUAUGAAGAGCAGGUGUUUGAGUUCCUGAAAGGCGCCAUCACCAAGAACUUCAAAGAUGAUCAGAUUCAGCAGAGCUCCAAGUUUCUGCAGGACCUGCUGCCUCAGUGUAACAGUGUCUCCGACAUGAUCCUAGACACUGUGAAAAACAGUGUGUUUGGCUGGGACCACGUCACUCAGGGUCUGGUGCAGCUGGGAUUUAUGCUCAUGGAUUCUUUUGGGCCUAAAGCUGGAAUGUUUGGAAAGGUCACGGAAGGAACGUCCACUACGGCUAAAACACCAAAUCAGCUAGCAUGUCGACUUGGCGGACAAGUUCUCUUGGAAAGUUUUAAGAUGCAUGAGCCAAUCAGAGGGGAGAUCCUGGAACAGGUCUUAAACCGACUGGUGACCAAAACGGCUUCCCCUGUCACUCAUUUUAUUGACCUUCUUUCCAGCAUUGUGACGUCUGCUCCCAUGAUCCUCUUGGAGUCCUCUUCCAAGGUCACAGAAACAUUUGACCAGCUCUCAUUCUUGCCCCUCAGCACAGUACAGGGUCUUCUCAAAGCUGUGCAGCCACUGCUCAAGGUCAGCAUGUCCAUCAAAGACGCCCUCAUCCUGGUCCUCCGGAAGGCCAUGUUCUCUAGUCAUUUAGAUGGACGGAAGUCAGCUGUGGCCGGGUUCCUGUUGUUACUGAAGAACUUCCGGGUUUUGGGAAGCUUAGCUUCUAGCCAGGCUAGUCAGGCCAUUACAUCCAGUCAGAUCCAGGCAGACGUCCACUCGCGUUACAACGCCGCAGCUAAUGAAGCCUUCUGUCUGGAGAUCCUGAGCAGCUUGCGUCGCUGUCUGAACCAGCAGGCUGACGUACGGCUCAUGCUGUAUGAGGGUUUUAAUGAUGUUCUCCGUCGUAACUCUCAGCUGGCGAGCUCCAUCAUGCAGACACUCUUGUCACAGCUGAAACGGUACUUCGAACCCGAGCAGGAUCUUCUUCCUCCCCUGAAGCUGGAGUCAUGUAUCAGUGCGCAUGGAGAUCAAGUCUUCCUCCAAGAGCCUCUGGCUCAUCUGCUCUGCUGUACGGUUCACUGCCUGCUCUGGGACCAGAACAUACGCUCCGAUGGCAACUUGAGCGACGAUGAAGACGAUGAAGAUGAGGAGGGUGGAGUCCAGAAAGAACUGCAAGCCAUUCUGGAAAGCAUAACGAAACGGAUGAUUAAAAGUGAACUGGAGGAUUUCGAGUUGGAUAAGUGUGCCGAAUUUUCACCAACUUCCAGCGUUGGAGUGAAGAACAGCAUCUACGCCGUGUUGGUGAUGGGAGUGAACGAGGUUCUCAUGGAAUACAACUUCAUCACCGCCAAUUACAGUAAGAACCAUAUUGAGGAAGUUCUGGAGCUGUUCAGACGCUAUCAUAAGGUGUCUGACAUCCUGCGGGAGAAAGCGGGGAAGGGCCGCACGCCGUCCAGCAAGACUCCUCGCAGUCUGCUGUCUCUGAGCUUUGUGUCGACACUGCUCACUGCGCUGUUCAGAGACAGUACUCAGAGUCGUGAGGAGAGCCUGUCGGUGCUGCGCUCCAGUGGAGACUUCCUGCGGUACUGUGUGAGCGUGGCCUUGCAGAAGAUCCAGCAACUGGAGGAGACCGGACACACUGAUGGACCAGAGGGACAGAGUGCCGAUAGGGCCUUCCGCCAUCUUUGUGACAUCACCAGCGUGCUGAUGUGGCGCUACACCAAUGUGCCUUCGACUGUGGAGGAUGCUGGGAAAAAGGAAAAGGGCCACAGUGUGUCUCUGCUGUGUCUGGAGGGUCUCCUGCGAGUCUUCACGACCGUGGUACAGCGAUACCCAACACGAAUGGGCAACUUCCUGUCUUCUCUUGAUGUUUCAGGGGAUAGAGACAGCGAGGGCUCAGAUCUGACCGAGCAGACUGCUUUCUACAUCCGCCAGUUCCAGCGCGCUCUGAUGACCCAGCUCAGUAGUGGAGAGGAGGAGUUUAACAGUAAAGAAGCACAGUUAUUGGUCAGCAUCCUCAGCGUGCUGUCGCGGCAACUCAACCCCACUUCUCAACAGUUUGUCCAAAUGAUCACCUGCACCGUGAAACUCUGCAAAGAAACCAACUUUGAGGACAUAUCCUUUAGUAAAGGCUUGAUGUCUCUGCUGUUCAGCCUGCACGUUCUCUAUAAAAGUCCAGUGUCUCUGCUGUGGGAGAUGUGCCAGGACAUACACAGCCAGCUAGGAGAUAUCGACCAGGAUGUAGAAGUAGAGAAACAGUCUCACUUUGCCAUCAUCAGCAUGAAGACAGCUCCAUCCACUACGCUUUUAGUGUUGUCUCAGGUUGGAAAAGUGUUGGAUGAAGUCGACUGGCUGAUUGCUAAGAAGAAAGGUCAGAUAAGUUCCGACAGAAGCAUUUCAGGAAAUACCCAGCAGCCACUGGUCCAGCAGGACCCAAUAGAGAAAGCCGUGACGAUACAGUUAGGGACGUUGUUGACGGCUCUGCACGAGUUGGUUCAGACCGCCCUGCUUCCAGGACCCUGCACAGACACACUGAUGCGAGAACUCAGCCGGACAUACAGUAUUCUCACUACACUUACCAAAUAUUAUAUUCAGCUUUGUGCGACCCAGCCAGGCCAGCUCCCUGCACGCUUGGAGAAAUUGGUGAAGCUGUCAGGAUCUCAUCUCACUCCUCAGUGUUACUGCUUCAUCACGUAUGUACAGAGUGGAGAGCUGACAGCAGGAGGCUCCGACAAGACGAAGAAGAAAAAGAAAGAAGACGAGGCAGUCGCAGCCGCUUCAGCUAAAGUUCUUCGUGAAACGAAAGCCAUACCAAACCUCAUUUUCAACAUUGAACAGUAUGAGAAGUUUCUCAUUCUUCUCUCCAAAAAGUCGAAGGUCAAUCUGAUGCAGUACAUGAAGCUCAGCACCUCCAGAGACUUCAGGAUCAACACCGCUACUCUGGAAGCUGCACUGCAGGAACAAGAGCAACAGCAGGACGACAGUCAGCAGGUUUGUGUCUCUUUAAAUCGUCAUCCAACACCUCCGUGGGUUUGGUUUAUCCUCGGUGAUGUUACUUUUCAUUUCAGACUCAAAGUUCUCAGGCUUCAGAGGGAACUCAGGCCCCCAAAAAGAAGAGGAGAAAGCAGUGAGAAGAGGCGAAGACUUUGCACUUUUUGUUUCAGUGUGUUCACCCUUUGUUUUAUGCCACAGAUGUUUGGUUGUUAUAUUAUUUCCCUUUGGCCAAAGAUCCUUUGGUGA